AUCAAAAUUCCAAUUACACACUUAACCUUUACGUUGGUCCUAUUACCCCCUUGAACAAUUUUUUUUUCAGUAUUAAAAUGCCCUUUUUUUGCUGAUGUGGACAAGAGCGUGACUACACCCCUCAGUGGCGCGUCAUAGCCUUUAAAAAACAACAUCUGACGUGUUUUAAAAUGCCAACUGGACGCCACAUAGAUAAAUUUAAAUUCCCUCCAUUUUUACACCCAACGGCUACUUCAUCUUCUUCUUCACCCUAUUUAAUACCCAUCUCCAUUUUUUUGUCAAAAAAGCAAACAACUCCAUAACUUCAACCACUCCAAUCGUUACAGCUCCAAAAAUCAGCACUUUAUUCGCUCCAAUUGUUGGAAAGAGGUUUGUUAGUUAGGGUUUAUUUCUCCUUUAUUUCUCUUUAAAUUGGUUCAUGUGAAAUUUAUUGUUUUAAAUUUCUUGAGUAAUUCUUGCUCAUAUUUAGUCAUUUUUCAUUUCUUAGGGUUUGUUAUGGAAAAAAUUGACCUUGGUCGAUUGUGUAUGGAUAAGAGUGAUCCUAUGCUUAGAACCAUGGUCCAAUGUCAACACGGGAAUUUAUUGCAAAUGCAAACUUCUUGGUCCAAAAACAACCUUGGAAGAAGAUACUGGUCUUGUCCCUAUUAUGGUGCUCAAAAAUGCAAGUUUUUUCGUUGGAGGGACAGAGAUGAAGUUGAUCCAAGAUCAAAAUUUAUCCUCCCAAAAUUGGUUAACAAAAUUAGAGAUUUAGAGAAGGAAUUGGUGCAAUAUGGGAGUUUGAAGAUGGAAUUGGAUGAGAUCACUACUAACGAUAAUAAUUCGGUUAGUGUUGACAUGGGUUUGGUCGAGGUUAAUGGACCAAAAAAAGAAGACACAAGGAAUACUAAACGGGGUAGGUUCCAUAGGAAUUUCGUUUUUUGUUUUGUUGUUUGUGUUCAUAAGUUUUGUAUUCUAGUGGCAAUUCAAACAAUGGAAAAAUCAAAUUGCCAUAGAUAGUGCUAGUGGUGGUAGUGUCUCGGCUAUGUUAUGUUUUGUUUGCCUUUUGUUAUGGCAAAUUUUGUAACAUAUACAUCUAUUUUAUCAUGUAUGAAUGAAGAAGUUUGAUGUUAAGGUGUUUUGAAGUGUU